CAUGCGCUAAGUUGCCGGCCAUAUUGAAUUUUAUGCUGUGUCAUUUGACAAAAGUUUUCUUUCAAGACGAUAAAAACAAUCAAAAAUAAUACAAUAUGGACAGAAUUUUACGGCUAGGAUCUGGAGGAUUACCUGGUGUUGGUCAGGGGACCCCUAGCGAUGCUCCAGUCGUUGACACAGCAGAACAAGUUUACAUAUCUUCUCUAGCUCUUCUGAAGAUGCUUAAACAUGGCCGUGCUGGUGUCCCUAUGGAAGUUAUGGGUCUCAUGUUAGGGGAGUUUGUUGAUGAUUACACUGUCAGAGUCAUUGAUGUCUUUGCUAUGCCACAGAGUGGAACAGGAGUAAGUGUAGAAGCUGUUGAUCCAGUAUUUCAAGCUAAGAUGUUGGAUAUGUUAAAACAGACUGGAAGACCAGAGAUGGUUGUAGGGUGGUACCAUUCACAUCCUGGGUUUGGUUGCUGGCUGUCAGGUGUCGACAUCAAUACUCAACAAAGUUUUGAAGCCUUAUCAGAAAGAGCAGUUGCUGUUGUAGUGGAUCCUAUCCAGAGUGUGAAAGGAAAGGUUGUUAUUGAUGCUUUCCGACUGAUCAAUCCCAACAUGAUGGUACUUGGUCAAGAGCCUAGACAAACUACAUCUAACCUUGGACAUCUACAGAAACCCUCUAUACAGGCUAUGAUCCAUGGCUUAAAUCGUCAUUACUAUUCAAUAUCUAUAAACUAUCGCAAGAAUGAACUAGAACAGAAGAUGUUAUUGAACUUACACAAGAAGACAUGGAUGGAUGGUCUAACCUUGCAGGAUUAUAGCGACCACUGUUCUUUGAACGAGAGUAGAAUUAAGGAAAUGCUGGAUCUGGUCAAAAACUAUAACAAGGCUUUAGAAGAAGAAGAGAGUAUGACACCAGAACAACUGGCCAUAAAAAACGUUGGAAAACAGGACCCCAAACGCCAUCUUGAAGAAAACGUAGAAGUUGUGAUGACAUCUAAUAUUGUACAGUGUUUGGCUGCAAUGAUCAACUCGGUUGUAUUCUAAUAAUAACACUAUCAAAACUAGCUCCAUUUCUACACCUUAGCCUUCUAUUUAUAGCUAACCCCUCUCCUUGUCCAUUUUCCUGACAGGGGGAGGGGAUAGUGGUGAUUGGUCUGAGGACACACAUUGUUGCAGAUAGUGGUUUUCAAAUACCACUCUAUAUUGUGCAUUGAAGACAAUACUGUGUGUAAGAUACUAAAGAACUCAUUAAAGUUAAAUUGUACUGAGAUUUAA